GGGGUGGAGGCUGUGGUGGGAGGGCCGGGCUGGGUGGGAGCGGCCCUUGUGCGGGGCCUGGCCGGUGCGGCGGGACCCUCCAACGGAGCCAGGCCGGGGGGAACAAGGACUCCGUCCCAUGCGCACACCCCGACGGGCCCGGCCGGGAGGGCAGGGACACCCACCGCCCCACAUCUCCAUGGGGCCAAGCCCGAGCAGGGCCGGGAGCUCCCGCCCCUUUUCGGGGCUCAGGCCGGUGCUGUCUCACAGGGGCACAGCUGCUCUCUUUGUGCUAUGGAGAGUUUGCUCUCUGACCAGCCCUAAGCUGUAGGUUGUCAGGCCGGGGCGAUGAUCUGCAGGGCCCUGCACUCAGCGCUGCUCUUGUGUCAACCCUGGAUCCCGGGCCUGUUCCUGUUACUGCACUCAUUGUCAUAAUAAAAUUGGUGGACUCUCACUACUGCCCUAGCUGCCUGGAAAACAUGCCUUCAGCUGAAGCCAAGCUGAAAAAGAAUAGGUGUGCUAACUGCUUUGACUGCCCCUGUUGCAUGCACACCCUUUCUACCCGGGCCACCAGCAUUCCUGCUCCGCUCCCUGACGACCCGGCCAAGACUACCAUGAAGAAAGCGUAUUACUUGGCCUGUGGAUUUUGCCGCUGGACUUCCCGGGAUGUGGGCAUGGCAGACAAGUCUGUCGCUAGUGGUGGCUGGCAGGAGCCGGAGAAUCCUCACACACAGAGGAUUAACAAACUGGUUGAGUAUUACCAGCAGUUGGCUCAGAAAGAGAAGAUCGAGCGGGACCGGAAGAAGCUGGUGCGACGCCGAAACUACAUGCCUCUGGCCUUUUCGCAACACACUAUACACGUAGUGGACAAGUAUGGCUUGGGAACCAGGCUUCAGCGGCAGCGGCCUGGAGCACCGAUCAGCGCACUUGCUGGACUCUCCCUGAAAGAAGGAGAGGACCAAAAGGAGAUAAAAAUUGAGCCAGCUGAUGCAGUGGAAGAAGUGGAACCUCUUCCUGAGGAUUACUACACAAGACCAAUCAAUCUGACAGAAGUGACGACUCUGCGUCAGCGCCUGCUGCAGCCUGACUUCCAGCCCAUCUGCGCUUCCCAGCUCUACCCACGUCAUAAGCAUCUCUUGAUCAAACGUUCGCUGCGUUGUCGGAGAUGUGAACAUAACCUGAGCAAACCAGAGUUCAACCCAACAUCUAUCAAAUUCAAGAUCCAGUUGGUUGCUGUUAACUAUAUCCCUGAAGUGCGAAUCAUGUCUAUUCCCAACCUGCGCUACAUGAAGGAGAGUCAAGUCCUUCUGACUCUGACCAAUCCAGUGGAGAAUAUCACACAUGUCACACUGCUCGAGUGUGAGGAGGGAGACCCCGACAACAUUAACAGCACUGCCAAGGUGGCAGUUCCUCCCAAGGAGCUGAUUCUGGCUGGCAAAGAUGCUGCAGCAGAAUAUGAUGAGCUGGCAGAGCCUCAAGACUUCCAGGAUGACCCUGACGUUAUUGCCUUUAGAAAAGCCAAUAAGGUGGGAGUUUUCAUCAAGGUCACCCCACAGAAAGAAGAGGGUGAAGUGACCGUGAGUUUCAAGAUGAAGCACGAGUUUAAAAACCUUGCUGCUCCCAUCCGGCCCAUUGAGGAAGGCGAUCACACCUCUGAGGUCAUCUGGCUCACCCAUCACGUGGAGCUCAGCCUCGGUCCAGUGCUCCCCUAAACGCUGCUGCCACUCGCGCCCCGACGGCUGGUGCAGAAUGGACGGUCACGGUGAAGAAAGCACCCGGUGGAAGGUUCUGCAAGAGCUGCUUUGUGCUGUGUGGGUGUGCGCCACAGGUCCCAAGGAGCUGUCUGAAGGGGCCGUGGUUUUGGGAUGGUUUGUUCUCUCUCCUCUUGUCGUAGUGGCCACUAAAUACCGCUCUGCUUCCCCUCACUGUCACAGGCUAGUUUAACAUUUGCAGCAUGUGUUUCAGCACAGAGAAAGGUCUCACUUUCUCCAGAUUUGCACUACACCUGGCUGAAUUUGGGUUUAUCAAGACAAAAGAAUGCUUAUUAGUUUUUAUUAAUGUCAACCCACUAUCUUGGUGUUACAUACUCAAUAGCGAAGAAAUUCUUCUUCAUACAGAGCUAUGCCCUUCCCAAACAAAUAUUUUAGGAUGUGGCCAUGUCUGCUGCAUUAUUGGCAGCAGAGCAACACUUUAUUUUCUUGUUUUUUCUCCUUCCUUGGAUAUGCCAGCUGUGGGGGAUUGGGAAAUACAGCCCUCCCACUCUGGGAUACGUAGCUUGUUUAGCCAAGGUGAUAGAUGUGUUUUCACAAAGGAAAUGACCUCUUUGCCUUUAAUCUCCAAACGUAGUGUCCCGUAGUGUUGGUGGAAUUGAGUGGCACCCGAGCCCACCGUGAGCCCGCUGUGGUGCGGGUGGAUGUGGUAGCGUGAUGUGCGCUGGGAAUUCACGUUCUGCUACAGCUCUUGACUGAGGCAGGGAUGCUCUGGAUAGGCUGCCUGGCGGUCUUUGGAUCAAUUAAUCUGUGUUAAUUAGGUAUCAGAGGAUGAAACCUAGAGAGUUUGGGUUAGGUCUGGUGUACACACAACUCCAGAGGCUGUUCCAGUUCAUACUCUAAUUCCAGUUGAAGGAGUGGGAGGGAGGUGUAAAGGUGGCAAAACAGUUACAUGUUAACUAGCAAAUGCUGCACCACGAGGUAAUUUAUCUGGGGUGUGAUUUGGCUGUAGUCCAAACUAAAACCAGUGGUUAAGCGCAGCAUAUCCAGGACACUGAAUCACCAGUACCUGCAGAAGCUUAGCGCAAGUGCGUGAGAUCGCUCUUCCUGUGACAUGUCCCCAGUUCAGACAUUGACCUUCCUUAACAUUGCUGCUGCUGUGCUGGGAAGGGCUAGAACACCAGCCGGCCGCAGCUCUCGCUCCAUCGAGACGGUUGUGCCAUAGUUGUGCCAGCCCGGAGCUGCCCAGGAGGGAGGUGGGGGUGCGCUACCCCAAAACACCACCCAUAGCUCUAGAAACCUUGCCUUGCUGUGCUGGGGCAUGCGUGCCUUGCAGCCUAGAUCCUGCGAUGAUGGGUCUCAAAGCAGUGAGGCAUCACGUUUACAACUCGGUGUAGGUUACACGCGAAUGUACAGCAUGAGUUUCGGACUUGUAGUUGGUAUUUACUGUCUAGUCCUUGCGUGUUCUGCAGCUUCACCUGUCCAGAUAACAAAGCACUUAACCUUUGGCUGUGACUUCUCUUCAGUAGCCGAAAUAGCUGCUCUGGUUUUGACACUAACAUGGAAAAGAGCCUUUUAGGGACAAGCUGGUGUCCCUAAAAUGGUCCUGCUGGGGCUGGUGGCCACUGUGUCCCUGUGCUCGGCUAGUGCUGUGCGCCCCACUCCAGAACACUCCGUUCCUCACUGACAACGGCAAGGUGAUACUCUGAGCGGUCUCAGUAGCUCGGUGAGGUGUUUUCCCCUUCCCGUAGGUGCUUGUAGGCGAUAGGAAAAGGUGUCGCCUUGUCUCCACCUCUGUCCCUGUUGUGUGUCGCCCCUUCCUGCCAGGCGCCUAUUGCCGUUACUGCUUGACGUCGUGUAGUGACCUUCAAUAAAGCAAACGUGGCUCUCGGA